CCCACGCAGCCUUUCAUGGAAGGGGAGUUUCAGGGUGUGCCCACGCUCUCUUCAGGGUAUAAAAGCUCCACAGUUGGGACUCGUCAGUACAGUCGACAACAGUCAAACAAAGACAAGAUGACCAGUCUCACUGAAAAGGACAAGGCCACAGUCAGAGCCUUCUGGGACAAAGUGUCCUCAAAGUCCGAGGACAUCGGCACCGAUGCUCUGGCCAGGAUGCUGACGGUGUACCCCCAGACCAAGACCUACUUUGCCCACUGGAAGGACCAGAGCCCCAACUCCCCCUCUGCCAAGAAGCACGGAAUCACUGUGAUGGGUGGAGUCGGCUUCGCUGUGUCCAAGAUUGACGAUCUUAAAGCAGGUCUGCUGAGCCUGAGUGAGCUGCACGCCUUCACUCUGCGUGUGGACCCCGCCAACUUCAAGAUUAUCUCCCACUGCAUCCUCGUGGUCUUGGCCAUCAUGUUCCCCCAGGACUUCACCCCUGAGGUCCACGUCUCCAUGGACAAGUUCCUGGCCUGUCUGGCCAUGGCCCUGGCUGAGAAAUACAGAUAAACAGCAGGAGAAGAUGAGAGAGGCUGCAGCCUGAGUUCACAGUGCAUAAUGAUGAAUAAAUGCAUGAACAAAGCA